ACAGAAAAGCACCGUAUUCGUUGGAGUGAAGAGGUGGAGAUCGCCACCGGCGGCCAUGUGAAGACUCAGUCGUUCUCGUGUGGUGUUUUGUAUGAACUGUGGAGAUUUUUUUUUGUUGCGCUUGCAGUACGACUACUACAUCGGGAGUGGAUGCUCAGUUGUUAACCAUUCGCACUGUGUCCUGUUCCGUGUGUCGCCCGACCUCAGGAGUGCAGUGUGUGGCAAUUUUGCUUCUUGAAGCGCUUUGUUCCGGUGUGGUUUUCCCUGUGUUCCAGGACGAAAAGCUUCCGUAGCUGGUGCGUGUGUUUGUGCUGAAGGAAAAUCACUGCUGUUCGGUCACAUUCGAAGAGCCCACGAUUGUGGAAUAUAGUUUUCCGUUUGUCCAAUUGCGGUUCGAUGCUGAAAGAACCCGUUGCGAGCGGACAUAUUCUCGACCAACCAGUUGCAACAGCGUGAGAACGACAAAAAUUUAACCAUGUAAUUGGAGACAGCGCGUGUUCCGCCAGAAUAAAAAAAAAAAUAUACCGGAAAGUGCACCGAUAGAAUAUUUUCGUUUCCAAUGAAGCACCUUCACAGCCAACAAAAACAUCAACAUCAAAGGUACGACGGUUCGGUCCAGGCGUAGCGCGAUGACACCACAUCCACCUUUCAGCCACGAAGUCGAACCAGAAGCACUUCUGGUCCACUGAUUGAGGUGUGCAACAAGGAAGAGGGGUGGGUCUUCCAUUCCCCUGUUGUUCUUUUUUUUUUGCUACAACCGCGACGUCUCAUCCUGUCAAGGCACCACCUGCGCCGCCACCACCGACACCGCGGUUAACCUCUGCACGCUUAUAGUUGCGGACAGAGUUCGCGUGUGUGUUUCCCGUUUUGGUGGAUUGCCAAGAGCAAAUUUCCUACUUGUUGGGUGGAAAUGGCCGACCCAUCAGCAACGACAUCUACCGGUGCCAGCACUAAUAAACGUUCUCGACUGAAUCUAGAAUCCAAGUGUUCCUCCCUGCGGAAGCAUCUGAGCAAAUCGGCAUCGGAGCUCAGCUGUAACGAUUGCGGCCUUUCCGGGGACUCACCCAGCUCGUCACCACAGCGAGCCCGCAGCGCGGCCAAUCCGACCGUCCCCGGCGUGAUACAGCGGACGCAUGGUUUCUUCAACACCUUGAGGAACCGUUGGUCGCGCGGCAGAAGUAAAGAACGGCUGCGGGGUUCCUGCGGGCAGGAACUGGAACGACGCGACAGUCAGAGUGAUUACGCCGCCGAUAACAGCUCCGAGCACAGUAGUUCCGCAACACCUCAGACACAAUCGCCCCGCCACAGGGCUCAAACGAUAGGAGAUUCUCCCCUGGCGCGAUCAAACGAAAGGCAUGCCUCAAUGAGUUCGGAGGCAAACACGCUGAAGCUGACGACCAAAGUAGAUGUUGAACCUAGCACUAGCAUAGGAGGACUACCAAAAAUCAACGAUGUUCCCACCACGAGCGGCUGUUCCACCGGCGAUGAGAACCAGCGAAGGCGAGAGGCCCAGCUGCGACAGCAUUCCUUCUUCCAGCUCCGAAUACAUCUGCAAAGUGGCCACGGUCUGGUGGCGAUGGAUAAAAGUGGUACCAGUGAUCCGUACGUUAAGUUUAAGGUGGGUGGCAGACUAUUGUACAAAUCGAAAACCGUUCACAAGGAACUCAAUCCAGUGUGGGACGAAACUUUCAUCGUUCCCGUAGAGGAUCCCUUCCAGCCGAUUAACAUCAAAGUUUUUGACUACGACUGGGGCCUCCAGGAUGAUUUCAUGGGUUCGGCAAAGCUUCCCCUAACGUCGCUGGAGCUAAAUCGGGCCGAAGAUAUGACGAUUAAGCUGGAGGAUGCCCAGCGACCGCUGAAGGAUCUCGGUGAAAUCAAGCUUAGCGUAACACUGUGGCCAAAGACGCAAGAAGACAAGGAACAAGUAAGCCUGUGGAAUGCUGUUAAUCCUGAAAGUAUCAUUUCCACUGUUUUUUCCGCUUCUUACUCACCGCUGCACUCCUCAUUCGCCUUUAGUUGGGUACAUCGGAAUCCAAAGCUUGCGGACGCAUCCCGGCGACUGAAGUCCCAAAUUUGGAGCUCGGUCGUGACGAUAGUACUUAUCGAAGCCAAAGGACUACCACCGGACACCGAGAACGGACCCAACGAAGUUUACGUGCGAUUUAGAUUAGGCAACGAAAAAUACAAAAGCAAAACCUCAUACCGGGCGCGAUGGUUGGAGCAGCUCGAUCUCCACCUAUUCGACGACGACCAGCUGCUGGAGCUGGUCGUCUGCGGGAAGUACAAUACCUACGGCAAGUGCACAAUCGAUUUACGAAGUCUUCCACGGGAACGCACACACAGCAUCUGGCAACCGCUGGAGGAAUGCCCCGGUGAGGUGCAUCUCAUGCUAACCAUCAGCGGGACGACCGCCUCGGAGACGAUAACCGAUCUGACGUCGUACAGAGAGGACUCAAAGGAGAGGGCUGCAUUGCAGAAGCGAUACACAUGGCAUCGUUCGCUGCAGAAUAUGCGUGAUGUGGGCCACCUCACAGUGAAGGUGUUUGGGGCAACCGGUCUGGCAGCGGCAGAUAUCGGAGGCAAGUCAGAUCCAUUCGUAGUGCUAGAGCUAAUCAACGCUAGAUUGCAAACCCAAACCGAGUAUAAAACGUUAACACCCAAUUGGAACAAAAUCUUCACGUUUAAUGUAAAAGACAUGUCAUCGGUGCUGGAAAUUACCGUUUUCGACGAGGAUCGGGACCACAAGGUGGAGUUCCUGGGCCGGGUGGUGAUUCCUCUGCUGCGGAUACGAAACGGCGAGAAGCGGUGGUACACGCUGAAGGACAAGAAGAUGUACACCCGGGCGAAGGGAACCCAACCCCAGAUUCUGCUGGAAAUGACGGUGAUAUGGAACAAACUGCGGGCGGCACUUCGAGUGCUCGAGCCAAAGGAGGAGAAACUGGUGCAGCAGGAGGCGAAAUUCAAACGGCAGCUUUUCCUGCGGAACGUUACUAGACUGAAAGCGGUUAUAAUGUACUUUAUAGAAAUGGGACAAUUUAUUCAGAGUUGCUUCGAGUGGGAAUCUCCGGUGCGGUCGUUCAUAGCACUAGUUUUGUGGAUUUGCGGAUGCAUUUGGUUUGACAUUUCCACUAUCCCGGCGGCAGCCCUUUUGUAUCUGCUGAAAAACUGGUUGAUACGGUGGCUGACAGGAUCAUCCUCACCAUCGACUGCGGAUGAGUACGACGUGGCGAGUGACGAUGAGGACGAGGAGGACAAGGAAAAGGAGGAGAAAAAAACGAUAAAGGAAAGACUGCAAGCGAUACAAGAGGUUUCACAGAGCGUACAGAACACGAUUGGCUUCCUCGCCUCGCUAGGCGAAAGCGUCAAAAACACGUUCAACUUCGCCGUUCCCGAGCUGACCUGGCUGACGGCUUUCCUGCUACUGAUCGCGUGCUUGGUGCUGCACUACAUACCAAUCCGGGUGCUACUACUCCUGUGGGGUUUGGUGAAAUUCAGUCGCCGGCUCAUCCGACCACACACCGUUCCUAACAACGAAGUGCUCGAUCUGCUGUCGCGUAUUCCCGAUGAUGAGGAAAUUAUCAUGUGGAGAGAGCUCCCGCUACACUCGACGCCGGAGAUGGCACGGCGAGAUCCCCGCAAGAAACACAAAGCCUCGUAAUGCUACCAACAAACCCUGAAGCGAUACUUUAGGGAGAAUCUGAAAAAGUUUCUUAAUAUCAGCAAAAAGGACGUCUAAGCCAAACCAUCCGUACAACGGGCGUCGAUUAGCUUGUCUAGGAUUUUUCAUAUCGUAUACCUAAAAGCAUACUCAUUAAGAGAAUUUUGUUCGAAUACUUCCAUGUUAGAAUGAAAAAAACUAAAUCGAAACAAACGAGCGCACCAAACAUACAAAUGAACUAUUCUCAUCGCGGAUUCUAGUCUAGCCGUAGUUAAGCGUUAAUACCAAGUUGUUACGUUUGUUUGUUUUCCAAUUGUCAUUUUAUUGUACUUCGAACUGAAACACGCGUUUUCAAUCCAUUCGAGCGAUUUAUUCCAACGAACCUUUAACAAUCCAGUCUCUCCAAACUUUUACAAAGAAAAAACUAUAGAUUGUAUAGAUUAUUGUUGCUGUAAAUAUAUAUUUAGCACACACACACAAAUUAAAAACAAUAAAUCAUUUGUUAGUUGAGAAUAAAAGAAAAAAGAACUAACGGAAAUGCGGUGGUUUUUGUCAAUUUUACAUUCAAUCUUUUACCACUUUUCAUUGUUGUCGUUUGGAAGUACAUUCAACUAGUUAGACUAAAUCAGAGCAUCGCAUCUCGUAAGCUACUAGCGUUUAGCAAUUUUGUUAUUUAGGCAAAUCGAAUUAACCCCAAUUAGUGAUAAGAGCGAAAAUUGAAUCGUGUGCUUGAAUCAGGAAAGGAAACACAGAAUCACUUUCAUCUUUCAUCGCGUAGAAUAUUGCGUUCUCUUCCCCACCCAAAAAUCCGUCCAGUGAGAAAAUGGUGGCACAUUCGGCAUCGGGGCAAACAACAAGCGGAAAAACGAGGCCAAUUUGUAACAAAAAAAUCGAAACAUUCAUCCAAAAUUCAUUCAAAAUUCAUUUCACAGUUCGCAGCUACUGUCAUAAAUUGUAGUUUAGAGAGAACAGAAUCAUUGAAAGCUAUUAUUUUUAUACAUCUUCAGGCUUGUAAAAUGUAAAGGAGAUAGCAGACAACAACGUAUUGUGAUUAUAACUUGCACGUGACAAAAUGAUGAAAAUAGGUAUAUUUUUAAACUAGUUUAGUCUAUAUUCUCUCACUCUCGAUAUUUGACAUGAGACAAGUGUAUCGGGCGGAUAUGACAAAUUCUAUUUAGUGUGAUAUUUUUGUUUAGAUAUCCAGACCUUCGGAACCAAACGGAGGAUCAUAAAAGCCCAUCGUCUCCACCAAUGCACCCUACGAAUAUACACACAUACAAAGAAAUGUAGAUAGCAUAAAUUUGUCACCGACUUGUUGAUUAAUAUUUGAUUAAAUUUCAUGAAGAACUAUUUUGAUGAAUUAGUUACGGUUUAGCGUUCAAAAAAUCAGUCACAGAUAGAAUUUGAAACACAUCAUCAGUGUUAUUGAGAGUGGGAUCGUUUUUAGUUGAUUGCUAACUGUUAACUUUAUUUUAGGUUUUUCCUGUUAUUUUAUUGUCAACGCUCAGAAUUAUUGUAUUUGUAAAUCAAUCAUUAUCCACAUCAGUAAAUGCGAUGUAAAUCCAUAUUAUUUAUUUGAGAAAAAUAUGAAGAUAAAUUGUUUACGAGCCAGAUUCCAAGAUUUGAGAACAAUUUCAAAACUGUUUCUUCGACUCUACUAAAGAUUGAUUCGACGAAUUCUCCACUUCUCACUGAAAUUGUUCUCAUUCUGAACAGAUUGUUGAUAGAUUGAUUAGACGCACUUCAUAGGAACUUGACUGACAAUUUUGGAGCAAUUAAUUCAAUAACAUUCUACUGUCAUCAAUGUCAGAUCAGAAACAAUGAAUCCCACCACUCUUUUUCUAUCAAUCGAAGACUCUUGGUUAGCUCUGUACAAUUCUUCCUGAAAAAGUCGAAGGGAAAACUCUAGAAUAGCGUUCCAAAAUAGAUUAUUCGUGGCACCUCGAAUAUCUGUUCCCAGGGCUCGACAAAGUCAUAUUCAGCUGAGGAUAGUCAGGGGAAUAUGGAGCCAUCGGCCUUAGCAUUCAAUUGGAAGGGGUUUUUUGCUUCUUCCAGCAGUUUCUCUGUCAACAUAGUUCAGAAUUAUUUAGGUACUUUUACUCGACUCAUACCAGGGGUAAGACGGCCACUAUUCUAAGAGAUGUGAGUUACCAUAAACGGUAUCAUUUGAACGCACUUAAUUGACGAAUUGAUUUAGAAUUUCAUAUUUGGGAAUCCCAUGAUACUCAUGAUAAAGGGCCUGGCCGGGUAAGGGAGUAAAAAGUGCCCCCAAACCAAAUCACUAGCUGUAUGGCAAAUAUUGUAAAGGAUAUCAAAUAAGGAAUUUUGGCGGUUUAUUUGAACCCCUUUGUGGUUUGACGUAGGAUUUAUAGUGAAAAACGUACUUUUUCGUUUAUUUCACGCCAUCCUCAAAAGAUCCGAGAUAAAAAUUUGAAAAAACUACUGAAUGUACAUCUUAUCACAGUGUAUCAAGAAAAAUUAUCAAAAAAUAUUUCAUCAAAAAUUUUAGUUAAAAAUAUUAAAAUUCUGAAAAUUUUUUUUUGAGAUUUAGAGAUUCAGUACUACUCUAAUUCAUAUUUAAAUGUGCUCUUACGGCUUUUCUAGAUUGAUAAAUAUCUUCAAACUGUUUUUUUUUCAAAUAUCUAAUAAUAAAAAUAAAAUUAAAAAAAAUGCACAGUACAAAAAAAUGUUAUAGAUUUUCUGGCAUUUCAAAAUUUUGAAAAAAAUAUAUAACUUUGAAACCCACUCCUGCUCAAAUUGUUAUUUAAAUGCGUUCGUAUGUGUCUUUUUUCUACAUGUGGCGUAAUUUUUCCUGAAUUUUUAAGAGCAUUGUGUGACACAAAAAUAAUUAUCUUCAUCGUCUGCAUUAUUUUUUUUUAUUUUUUUGAAAUCGAUUAUUUUAUUGUAUUCGUGGUUUUUAAUUGAAAGAUAAAAAUAAAAAAAACAAAUCGGAUUUGAGGUCUCAAAGUUAUAUUUUUUUUUUCAAAAUUUCGGAAUGCCAGCAAAUCAUUUUUUGUACUGUGUAUUAUUUUUUUAUUAUUAUUUUAUUUUUAUUAUUAGAUAUUUGAAAAAAAAACAGCUUGAAGAUAUUUAUCAAGCCAUAAGAGCACAUUUAAAUAUGGAUUAGAGUAGUACUGAAUCUCUAAAUCCCAAAAAAAAAAUUUCAAAAUUUAAAUAUUUUUUAGUACUAAAAUUUGAAAAACGCGUUUGAAAAUUAGUGUCAAGAUCGUACUAGAUUAGAAACCGCUAUAUAUUCUUGAAUGAUAGGUAUAUUCUUGAAUGUCAAAUUCUCUGAAACAAGAAGAAAAAUAUUGAUGUCUUUCAAAUUUCAAGACUGGAAUACACCGUUAAGGAAAAAUAUUUACUCAAAAAGUCUGCACGAUCGUUGAUUUCAGGAUUGAACGGUAUUCUUCGGGCAAUGGAUUUCGGUCAAAACGUUGGCGACCCAUGUCUAUACACAAUGCUGGUCCAAAACGUUGCACAAGAUCGAUGUAGUAUUUGAAAAUCAUCAAUUUUGAGGCUCGAGAUCGAAAACGAAAACGUGAAAUCGGCGCAAGGAUACAUCGAUAGUGUUGCGAAGAAGUUCGGACUCCGUGAUGACCUUGGGACGAGAACGUCAACGGAGCGACAUUGGGACAGAGUUCGCCAACUGGGGUGGAUUGGGUUCAUGUUCGUAACCUAAAGUUAACCAAAAGUCGAGAUUGAUCGGUUAUUCGGAAGUUGAUUGAGCCGUUAAGGGGGUAUUCUAGGGUAGAGACACGAAUUUUGGACGUUUCUUCGAGCACCAUAAAAAUAAAACAAAGAAUAUUUUUACUAUCCAUCAUAUCAUUAUUUGUUCAUCUAUCUUUUAACAAUCAAACAAAAAUUGAACGAAGAAAAAAAAUUUCAUAACUAGAAUAGUUAAGAGCAGUUGAAGCGAGAGGGUUAAAAAAAAAGUUGUGCCAUGGCGUACACGAUUCCAGCCCUUCUGGUUAUCUGAAACAAAAAAAAUCGAACAGAUUCUGAAUCAUCAAAGGGGUCGCUAUCGCAUGAACCUCGAACAAGUCAAAAACAUGUUUUUUGGCAAAAUGGCGGCCGUUUGAAAAACAAAAUGCGCUUUAAAACGUUUUUUCUUACGUUUCCCGAUUUUUAAAAACUAGUUAAAUUUAAAAAAUAUUAUUUCUUAGAGGUUCAUGCGAUAGAGAGGUGCUUGCAGAUUGUAUCCAUUUAAUUUCGACAUUAAUCGGUUCAGUAGAACUUGAGAUAUCGUGUACGCCAGUUUGAAAAAACUAGUUCUGAGAAAAACGCGUUUGAAGUUCAUUGUUAUGACUGUACCAGGUCAGAUACCGCGUCACUAAAAUGGCUCUAACUCGAUAAAUAAUAGGAUUUUCGAUAAGUCCUUUCUAGGGUAUAUUUUUGAAUGCCUAAACUACAGAAAUAUGAAGGAAUUUUUUUUGGAUUUUUUUCUAAUUUCUAGACUAGAAUACUCCCUUAAUGCAACAUCAAGGAGAUCCAUCUAAAGAUAUGGUGUCUGGUGUACUCACUAAGCAGGUGGAUUUAGUCAAUCAUAUGAAGUUUGUUCGGAUGCUAAUGUUUUUUUUUAUUAAAUCGUUUAUUUUUACAGGCUCAGUUACAUAAGUUUAAAGGAACCCAACUCCUAUCUGUAUUGUUACAAGUAUAUAUAAACAUUUUUCAUUAAUUCUAGUGUUAAUGAAGUAGAGAACCGAUUACUUGCGGUUUGCUCGAGUUUAGAAGGGUGACAUUUUUUUCAGGAAAAGGAAGGGAUAUUAGGAUAUGUUGACAAUGUUCACACUCACAUUCGCACUCACAUUCAUCAUACUCAAUUCUUAAGCCUAUCUUAUAUCUAAUAUGUAUUUACAUUUCACCUUAUUCUAUUGUUAGUAAGAAGGGAUUUGAUUUCUCGCGAAGGAAAAGGAAAAGGAGAAUAUAAGGAUAUAAGGACAAUCACACACGAAGAUCGAUAACUUUUAAGAAGACGUAUAUUUGGGACAUGUAAUCAAGGUCUAACCGAGCCAACACAUCUCUCACCGGCACAUUGGGCUGCCUUCCUCUAGCCCGAAGAGAGUUUUCUAAAUUCGAUCUGGCAACAAGAUACUCCUCGCACGACCAAACAACGUGUUCGAUGUCGUGGUAACCUUGGCCACAAGCACAGAUAUUGCCAUCGGCAAGAUUAAAACGAAAGAGUAGCGCGUCUAACGAACAGUGAUUGGACAUGAGUCGAGAGAAGGUGCGAAUAAAGUCCCGACUCAAAUCUAGACUUUUGAACCAUGGUUUAAGGCUAACCUUAGGGAUAAUCAAGUGGAACCACCGGCCCAAUUCAUCUUCGUUCCACUUGCGUUGCCAGUUAGCGAUUGUAUUUUUACGGACUAAAAAAUAAAAUUCAUUGAAGGCGAUUUGACGCUGAUAAAUAUCGCCUUCAAUUGCACCUACCUUUACCAAUGAGUCAGCCCUCUCAUUACCCGGAAUCGAGCAAUGUGAAGGGACCCAGACAAAGGUAAUGACAUAACAGCGUCUGGUUAAAGCACUCAAAAUUUCUCGUAUUCUCUCAAGGAAGUACGGCGAGUGCUUUUCCGGCCUCACUGAACGGAUAGCUUCGACAGAGCUAAGACUAUCCGCUACAAUGUAAUAGUGUUCAACAGGUCGUGAGGCGACGCUGUCCAGCGCCCAGUGUAUUGCUGCCAAUUCAGCAAUAUACACUGAACAAGGAUUCUAAAGACUGUGGGAGGUGCUAAAAAAUUCGUUGAUCAGUAAAGUACAUAUUAUAACAAUUGAUACGCCCAUACUUUGCAUUGAAGAUCGUAGGAACGAUCCCCGAUCGAUGAUUAUCUGGAAUUCCAUGGAUUUUCUCCUUCAAGAACAGAUCAAAAUGUACAGAGGAAUCGAUGUAGUCAGGAAAACAAACAAUGGGAAUAUACGAAGAAGGAUCAACCUGCAUGGAGAUGAAUUCAUGAUAUGAACUCAUGAAUCCGGAGUGAAAAUUUAGCUCGAUCAGUUGCUCAAAAUUUCCGAUCACCAAUGGGUUCAUGACCUUACACCGGAUAAAGAACCGAAGAGAUAAUAAUUUGAAGCGAUCUUUUAGUGGGAGUAGGCCUGCCAACACCUCGAGACUCAUGGUAUGCGUUGAGGGCAUACAUCCCAACGCGAUACGGAGACAAAGAUACUGAAUUCGCUCGAGUUUAAUGAGGUGUGUUUUGGCAGCUGAUUGAAAACAGAAACUGCCAUACUCCAUCACUGAGAGAAUAGUUGUUCGAUACAACAUUAUAAGAUCUUCGGGAUGGGCUCCCCACCAGGUGCCGGUAAUUGUACGGAGAAAGUUUAUUCUUUGUUGACAUUUUUACUCAGAUACCUAAUAUGGGCCCCCCAAGUACAUUUGGAGUCGAACCAAACCCCAAGAUACUUGAAUGACAUAGCAUGAGUGAUCGGUUUACCCAAAAGUUGAAGCUUUGGUUUUGCUGGUCUAUGCUUCCUAGAAAAAAACACCAUCUCUGUUUUCUCCGUGGAGAAUUCGAUCCCUAGCCCAAUGGCCCAGGUUGAAAAAUUGUUCAAAGUAUCUUGUAAGGGUUCUUGCAGGUCGGAUUCUUUUGAUCCUAAGACAGACACUACUCCAUCAUCUGCAAGUUGUCUUAAGCUGCAAUUUUGUGUAAGGCAAUUGUCAAUGUCGCUUACAUAGAAGUUGUACAAAAGGGGGCUUAAACAGGAGCCCUGAGGGAGGCCAAUGUAAGAGACCCGACUCACUGCCGAAUCUCCGUGAGAAAAAUUCAAAUGUUUCUCACAAAGCAAGUUAUAUAGCUUAUUAUUCAAUAGAGGCGGUAGACCCCGAGAGUGUAAUUUGUCUGACAAAACCUCUAUUGAAACAUAAUCAAAGGCCCCCUUUAUGUCCAAGAAUACUGAAGCCAUUUGUUUUUUUUUUCGGCGUAAGCCAUUUGAAUUUCUGAAGAAAGCAACGCAAGACAAUCAUUCGUCCCCUUGCCCCUGCGGAACCCAUAUUGUGUAUUUGAGAGUAAUCCAUUCGUUUAAACCCAACGACCAAGGCGAAACAAGAUCAUUUUCUCCAACAAUUUCCGUAUACAAGACAGCAUUGCUAUUGGGCAGUACGAAUUGAAGUCGGACGCGGGUUUUCCGGGUCUUUGAAUAGCUAUAAUUCGCACUUGCCUCCAAUCAUCUGGAACAAUAUUAAAGGGCGUGUCACAUCAAAUUGCAUCACGGAAAAAACGCUGUAGAAAUUCGCCCAGUAGACCGAUCCUUUUGAAAAUUUUAGACAGUAAAAUAAAAACUAUUAAACAACUUUUGGCAUUUUCUUUUUAUUCAUACUUCGAGCCCAAGCCCGUAUGCUCGCACCUUCCUCUUUACCCCGUCCAUAAGGUUCUGUACAACGUCAGGUUGUAGUUUUUUUGAACAGAAAUCCAUUUUCUCUUGAAGUCCGCCUCCGAUUUGACAACUUUUGGGUUCUUCCGGAGGGCCUGCUUCAUAAUCGCCCAAUAUUUCUCUAUUGGGCGAAGCUCCGGUGCGUUGGGCGGGUUCAUUUCCUUUGGCACGAAGGUGACCCCGUUGGCUUCGUACCACUCCAACACGUCCUUUGAAUAGUGGCACGAAGCGAGAUCCGGCCAGAAGAUGGUCGGGCCCUCGUGUUGCUUCAAUAGUGGUAGUAAGCGCUUCUGUAGGCACUCCUUAAGGUAAACCUGCCCGUUUACCGUGCCGGUCAUCACGAAGGGGGCGCUCCGCUUUCCGCAAGAGCAGAUCGCUUGCCACACCAUGUACAGGGAAACUUCGAUAUAACGUACCCUCGUUAUAACGUACCCUCGAUAUAACGUCACUCGAUAAAACGUACAUUUUACCUCGAUAUAACGUACACAUUUUCAAAAUGUAAAGGAAAAGAUUUUUCAAAAUUUUUUUCCUGAUAGAACAAUGAAUAAUCUGUAUUGUGAUGUUAAAACAAGUUUUGUACUUUCAAUCAAUCCCGAAAUACAGCUGGCUUUGUGAUUCCGGAUUCUAAAUGAACCAAGCUUUAAUCAACAGUACGAAGGGAAACAUCAUGAGAAAGGCUGGCUUCGUCUUCUGAUUGAAGUUAUUCAUUAACUUUACUUAAACCGCAACACAAUAAUGUAUUAUAGACUACGUUUGUGAGUACUUUAUUCUGCUUCGAUAUAACGUACAAUUCGAUACAACGUACAAUUUUGAAAGUGAAAUGUACGUUAUAUCGAAGUUUACCUGUACAUUUUUGGCAAACUUGGAUUGUUUCUGCUUGCGAAUCUCCUCCGGAACGCUGAAUUUGUCCUCUGUGGAGAAGAACAACAGGCCCGGCAGCUGACGAAAGUCCGUUUUGACGUAGGUUUCGUCGUCCAUUACCAGGCAAUGCGGCUUCGUCAGCAUUUCGGUGUACAGCUUCCGGGCUCGCGUCUUCCCCACCAUGUUUUUCCUCCCGCUGCUUGGUCCACUGGACGAAUGAACUUGACAAAUUCAGCUUAUUGGCGACAUCCCGGACCGAACUUCUCGGAUCACGUCUAAACUGCUUAACUACGCGCUUGUGAUCUUUUUCACUGACGGAGCAUCCAUUUUUGCCGUUCUUCACCUUCCGGUCGAUGGUUAGGUUCUCGAAGUAUCGUUGUAGUACUCUGCUGACCGUGGAUUGGACGAUUCCCAGCAUCUUACCGAUGUCCCGAUGUGACAACUCCGGAUUCUCGAAAUUUGUGCGCAGGAUUAAUUCACGACGCUCUUUUUCGUUCGACGACAUUUUUCCAAAUUUACGAAAAAUUGACAGUGAAGCAUGGCCAUCGUGAUCUAUACACUCUUAUCUGAUUAUAAGCGAAAGCUGAAGUUAUAAUUCCUAAAAAUUAAAUUUCUACAGCGUUUUUUCCGUGAUGCAAUUUGAUGUGACACACCCUUUAUGCUCCAGAAACCGAUUGAAUAAAUUCAACAAGCGAUGUUUCGCCACAUCAGGGAGGUGUUUCAACAAGUUGAACUUAAUUCUAUCCGUUCCUGGAGCCGAAUCGUUACAAGAAAGGAGAGCAAAAGAGAAUUCUACCAUCGAAAACUCGGAAUCAAGAUCGCACCUAUCUUGUGGUAUAUCUCGAACAAUUUUUUGCACAGGAGCGGAAUCGGGACAAACCUACCAUGCAAAAUUAAAAAUCCAUCGAUGUGAAUAUUCUUCGCUUUCAUUCGAUGAAUAGCGAUUUCUCAUGUUUCAAGCCACUUUCCAUAAUUUUUUCAUUGACGUUUCUCGUGACAAACCUCCCACGAAAUUUCGCCAAUAAGCACGUUUUUUCCCUUUGAUCAAGUUUUUAAAUUGAUUUUCAAGGUCCAAAUACGAUUGCAAAUUUUCAAUGGUUCCACGUUUCCGAAAAGCUUUGAAUGCGUUCGAUUUAUCCUGAUAAAUCUUGGAACAUUGGCUAUCCCACCAUGGAUUGGGAGGCCUUCGACGAAUAGUGGAGCCUGGGAUGGGUUUCGUUUGAGCGCGAACCGCGCUGUCAUAUAUCAAACGAGAAAGGAAGUUAUACUCCUCCAAUGGAGGUAAACCAUCUCUGGAAUUGAUGGCUAGAGCAAUCGCGUCCGCAUAUUUUUUCCAGUCAAUGUGUCUUGUGAGGUCAUAUGCCAUGUUUAUAGAUUCAGAAGAAUUCGACCCAAUGGUGAUGGAAAUUUUGAUUGGCAAGUGGUCACUACCGUUGCGGUCCUGGGUUACAUUCCACUUGCAAUCUAACGAUAGUGAAUUCGAGCAAAGCGAGAGGUCAAGAGCACUUGGGUUAGCAGGAGGUUUAGGUACACGUGUUGUUUCCCCAGUGUUCAAAACGGUCAUAUUGAAGCUGUUACAAAGGUCAUAUAUCAACAAUAAACGAUUGUCGUCGUACUGUUCCCCCACAUGCUAAUGUUUGUCAAAUAAUAAUUUGUCAAAGUAUGGCAAUAUUCGUUGAGGGGGAGUGUUGGUAGAACAGCGAUCAUGCCGCUUUUUGUGUGAAACAUUUUGAAGUGUCAUUGCAGCGGGAAUGUAAUAACACCAUAAGAGGCUUUCCGCUGUUCAAAUGUGCCAUUUGUUAUUAUUAGAAUGUUGAAAGCUAAAAGUAAAAGCGUCUGCUCGUAUAAAGCUAUUGUUUUACCGAUUUCAUCAACAUCAACUUGGACUUUAUUUUCACUGGAACCUCAGUCCAAGAGGCUCUAAUGUUAACAUUCAAUAACUUUGUAACAACGAGAGCUUUAAACUGCCAUCUUAACUCGAGGUUUCCGGGAUCUUCCACUAACAACCACUAGUUGAUGGCUCAUUUGGCUGAACUGUAUAUUAUUACCAUCAACCCGAAAGUGGCAUCGUUGUACCACCUACAGUUGAAAACUAUAUGCGUAGGGACUCGAUCACUCACUGGUAUAAUUAAUUAAGUUUAAUUAAUAUACAAUUUGUCGGAGGUCUGACAAGGCGAGGCGAGAAUCUGCAUAGCUGCACUGGAAUAGCGCUUAUAGUAGCUGAAUGUCUUACGUCUCUUAUUUGUAUAACAGUGAAACCUGUUUUAAAUCGCUUGGAUGGAAUUUCUUGACCGGUUAUAACAAUAUUUUAUUUCUUCGAUAUCUACGAAUUCUGCUGAAUGGUAUUUACAGAAACGAUCAAACGCGAUCCCACGAUCAAUAGCAAUUGAGCACAUAAUUUCCAACACUAGCAAAGCAUUAGUGAUAUAGGUAGCUAGGAUAACGAAGUAAAUCAUCAAAUAAUAAAAAAAAACAAAUUCAAGAUUCACAAGCUCAUCAGAAUCGCAAUCACAAGAGAAUCGGAAAAAUAAUCAACGAGUCAAUUGUUUCCUGUUCGAAACUUUAAACAUCAUAACUUUUAAGCAGACUAAUCAGCAUGAUCGCAUGAACCAUUGCAUAAAUAGCAGACCACCGCUUGACAAACGAAAAAAAGGCUUCAAUAUUAGGCGAUUCCAUUCGAUUAUAGGGGUAGUGAAAGUGUCAUCUCGUUGGAACGACAAAAAUUUAAAAAAUAGGAUCCAUUCUGGCACAAGCAUGAGCUCGGAAAUCAUCACACGUGGCAAUGCAAAAGAACUGAAAAUCGAGCAAACUGCACGAGCAUAGACAUUCGCAGGAAUAACAGAUCAAAUCGAUUAGUGAACCAUAGAGAUAUUCGGAGAAGGGAAGCACACAUGAACAUAACCAUAUUUUGUCACAUCUUUUCGCAUUGUACUGUUACUGACUAAUAAAACAAAUCAUUCCACUAUUUUUUAA